AUGUAUCAACUCGAUCCCGUCAAUGCCGCUUUUGCUGCAAAGAUUGCUAGCUCGCCUUCUCCGCACGAGACAGGCAAUUGCCAGCAGGCCUUCGACAAUCUAGAAAAACUUCAGAAAUAUGAGCCUGCAGAAGACAUUCAAACAGAGACUAUAGAAGUUAGUGGGAAAUAUGGUCCUACCACUGUUGUAUUGGUUAGAUCGAAAUCUCUGGUCAACAAGUCCCUAUCGAUGGUGUUUUAUCUUCACGGUGGUGGGUAUAUGAUGGGCAGUGCAAAGUCUUUUGCUGUCUUGUUGGAGGACUUAGCUCGGCGAACCGGCGCAGCUAUAGUCUUCCCUGAGUACACAAGAGUACCGUAUCAAACGUUUCCCUAUCAGUUUCACCAGUCAUAUGAAGUCCUUGAAUACAUAGUGCAACAUGCAAGUCAGCACCAACUUCUGGCUGAAACAAUUGCUCUCGCUGGAGAUAGCGCUGGAGGCCACUUGGCUAUCGGCCUUACUUAUCUAUCAUUGCUGCAAAAACUACCAGCCAAAAUUGGUCACCUCCUUUUGUGGGCUCCCACCACAACGUACGACACGAAACUCCCCUCACACGAGACGUUCAAGAACGCACCCUUCCUUUCACAAGCCUCAAUGAAAUGGAUGCAUGAUUCUUUUAUGCCCAACGAAAAAGAUCGUAAGACGCCGCUGGCGUCUCCGUUAAUCUAUAUCCCGGACGAACUUCUUGCUCAGUUUCCACCAACUGUACUUUUCCUAUCAACUAUAGACCCGUUUGUGGAUGAGGGCGUGGCUUUUGCAGAAAACUUGCCGGGUUAG